AUGCGCCUGCCGUCCGCGCUGCAGGCCCGCUUAGCCGGCGGGCCCGGGGCAGCCGAGCCGCUGCCGGUGGAACGGGACCCCGCGGCGGCAGCCGAACCCUUCGGUUUUGCGGCGCGCCAGGUGCGCCUCCCGCGGGAGCACGAGUUUUUCGAGGAUGGGGACGUACAGAGGCACCUGUACCUCCAGGACGUGCUCAUGCAGGUGGCAGAAGUGCCGGACAGGCCCAGGGUGCCUGAAUUCACCUGUCAGGUGGCGGGCUGCUGCCAGGUGUUUGACACACUGGAGUACUACGAACAUCACUACCACACACGGCACCGGCACAUGUGUGCCCUCUGCCAGCGAGCCUUCCCGUCCGGACACCUGCUGGACGCCCACGUGCAGGAGUGGCAUGAUUCGCUCUUCCAGGUCCUGUCGGAGAGGCAGGACAUGUACCAGUGCCUGGUGGAGGGCUGUACUGAGAAGUUCAGGACCAGCAAGGACCGAAAGGAUCACUUGGUGAGAUGUCAUCUGUACCCUGCAGAUUUCCGGUUUGACAAAGCAAAGAAAAGCCGAGGCCCAGCCACAUCAGGGGCCAGUGCAGGAGCCCUGGGGGGUGACAGGCAGCCUGAAGGGGACCCCAUGGAAGUUGGCUCACCCGCAACAGCACCCACAACCACCUCCAGUGACAGAAGGGUCUUCCGCCGCAGGGUGCCCCCUACCAUCUGCUUCGGACAAGGUGCAUCUCGAGGGUUCAGCCGCACCAAGAGAUGAGAGCAGCUCCGUGGAAGGGACACAUGGUGUGGGGGCUGCUCCUGGGCCCUGCUCAGGCUGAGCCGCCGCAGCAGCAGCCAGAUGUCUGUUCCAAACACGUGAAGUAAAUUUUGCACACCUGGAAACAGCAGAACAGCCGUGGUGCCUGGGACCCUUUGCACCCAUGUGAGACCUGGACAGAGCUCCUGGCCUCAGCCUGGCCCCGAUCAUGGAAGUGAUCCAGAGGCAGGGAGGGCUCUGCACACGUCAGAGUCAGGGAAGUCUGGGCAUGUGGACAGUGGGUUCAGCUGUGCCUG